UAGCGCUAGUGUUCUGCUGCUUUCUCAGGGUGUGGUGCUGUAAGAUUUUAUGAAUGGCAGUGAUGCCUUCUGUGGCCAAACAAACAAAGAAUCUCUUCCUGAACAUGUGCAAUGCGACAGCCCCACACAGUCACGACCGUGACAGCUCACCUCGCCUCCCAGCUGUGUAUGCCGAUAUACCAGGAAAACAGUAAUCUGCCAGCCUAUUACACGCAGCUGUCUUUUAAUUACUGCCCUCAACAGCAUUAGAGGAUUGUGUGUAAAAGCAAGAACGUGACACACGUCAGAAGAGAUGGCACCACAAACCAUACAGCACACCUUCCCAUUUCAGUAUAUCAAUUCCAAGCUUUGAUCGAUAUGAGCUCAUUCGUACCUGUGGGACUGGCCUGUGGGACAUUAAAAGGAAAGGAAAAGUGAAAAAAGCAUUUUUCCUGGCCAGUGGUGGAUUGGCCUUCAAGGGUGCCGAUGUCAUGCUGCGUUUGAAUCGAGCGCUCUAUCAUGCUCACCUCCAUUAUUAAAAACUCACGCUGAUAAAGAACAGGGGAGAAGCGGCUCUUUGAAAAGCCAGAUCAGGGUGUUGCGUUGUCACUUACCACGGCGUCACACCCUAUUCUAGAGUACUGACCCGCAAGUAAGUGACUCAGGAAAAUCCAGUUUGCCUUAUGCCAACCACUGCUCUACCGUGACUCCUUCAGGAGUCCUCCUCUUCUACCUACUAUUGGUCGGGUUCAGGGCAUUUUAAGCAUUCAGUAGACCCCUCAAAUACAACUCUCCCAGGAAACCUUAAGACCAGUGUUCACCGUAGAAUGGAGGAGAUAACACUGUGCAUGGUGAACGCUUUGGUGUGUGUCAUCUCAGCCUUAUUGCAGAUUAUGUAAAAGACAUGUCAAGUCCAAAGGAAAGCCAGGUGGAGAGCACUGUAUGCCUGACUGAUGUGACCCUGUCUGAGAGAGCUGGGACCACAGAGAAGGGAGCGAGCGUGGCGUCUGACAGCACGGAGACCUGGAGCCUGGAAUUGAACGAGCGAGGCCUUCAGGUCCUCUAUCUGCCCAGCUUUGACAUUCUGUCUAUUGAUGAGACCACUUGGCUGGGAAAGGUCCGGGAGCCCACUCCCACCCCUGAGGUUGCCCCAGCCUCACCAACAAGUCACGGGGAGCCAGAGCAGUGCCCGCAGGUCCACAGCUCAGCUCUGCAACCGGGACAGGACGAUGAACGCUCCCUAGAGCAAAUGCAGACCAUGGUUGUAGAGGAGGUGUUAAAGGACAUUGAGACAGCCUGCAAGUUGCUCAACAUCCCACCAGACCCUGUAGAUUGGAACAUGGGGAACGUCCAGAAGUGGCUGCUGUGGACGGAGCACCUAUACAAGCUGCCUUCGGUGGGCCAGGCCUUCCAGCAGCUGGACGGUAAAGACCUGUGUGCCAUGAGUCAAGAGGACUUCCACAAACUGUGCCCAGGGUGCAGUGACACACUCUACGCCCAUCUGGACAUAUGGAAGUCAGUCAUUGUUAAAUGUCAUCUUUCGCCUCUUCCAGCUGCUUGGAUGCAUGGACGGUCUUCAGUGACUGAGAGCCCAACAACAGGUCAGAACGUGUGGCCGGAGGCAGACUCUUCCUGCUCUGGCCAGCCAGUGCACCUGUGGCAGUUUCUCAGAGAGCUGCUGCUCAAGCCGCACAACUACAGCCGCUACAUCCGCUGGCAAAACAAGGACAAGGGUAUCUUCAAAAUUGAAGAUUCUGCUCAGGUAGCUCGCCUAUGGGGCCAAAGGAAGAACCGGCCAGCAAUGAACUAUGACAAGCUAAGUCGCAGCAUCAGGCAGUACUACAAGAAGGGUAUCAUACGGAAGCCAGACAUGUCCCAAAGACUGGUCUAUCAGUUUGUCCAUCCUGUGUGAGUAUAUCACAAGGAGCAAGCCAUUUCCAUUACUGGGGGUGGACGAGGAGGAGACACUUCAACAGAUCCACUGACAGUACGUUCCUAAGAGACUUGUGAGCCACAGGAGAACUCACUCAGCUCAGACUAUCACUCAUGGCUGUUGUUUUUUUUUUUGUAUUUUCGGUGGAUCUACCCUGUGUGCUCAUAAACAUGAAAGUCGUUUGGAACUAUGCUUCUUCCAAAUAAUUUAUUUUUCUGCGUUAGUAUCAUAGUCAAAUGACAAGGUAUAACUUUUAUACAGAUGACAAGCAGCCAAAUGCACGGAGGUGCAAUCACUCAAACUGGUCUCAGCCAGGUUUAUAAAUGUUUGAUAUAGUGAUGAAAGAGUGAAAUGGAAAAAUGUGCAGUACUUUAUGAAGGUAGUGAGUACUUGCAUGCGAAAACACCUGCUUCAAAUCUAUCUGCUAAAAUAGUUGUGUUCAUCCAGGUAAACUCAAAAUAGUUUCAAUAAGAACUAUUGAGCUUACACCUUAAACAUUAUAAACAUUAUUUGCACGGCAGAAAAGAUCCUGUGCCAUGUUUUACUUUUACACACCUAUGGCUUAAUCUGCUUCGCUAUGUAGACCUAGGAAGCUGUUUUAUUACUAAUCUUGUAGGAUCUUGUCUAGUAGAUACCUUGAGUAGUUGAUACACUGGCAUACUUCUGAGAACAAGAACACAAUGAAAACUGCUGUUAAACGUGUUUUGUCCUUCUUAAUUUUUGUAAAUUACUUCAUGAAGGAAAAUGGAAA